UGAAGGUGGUUUUAACGCUAGUUUUUUUUAACUAAACUAAUUGAAAGAUUUUACUGAUUAAAAGAAUAAGAGCAACUUUUAAAAAAUGAGACGUGCAAAAAAACCGAAACCCAAACUUAAACGGCACAUUGAGGAUGUUCCGUUUUAUAAGUUCUCUCAUGGACCGGACGAGCUUCCCCUGGAUCCGGCCCGCUCCUUCAUAGAAGAACAAAUCGGAAAAAUUCAUUCGACCAAGUCCAGCUGCUUUACCAAGGACUACAGUCUGCAUCUUUCACCGCGCGGAGAUGGUACGCUGGAUCCGGAACUAUUGCCACCGGAAACUGUCAACCUGUUUCAUCACCCGGAAGCUACACCACGGCCCUCGACCUCAAAGGUUUACUGUCGAGGUGAACCGGCUCGUGACGGUGGCGGUUCACUGUCUGCAAAAGUUAAAGAUGCUACCGAUCGUAUGAUCGAUGUGUACAAACGGUUUCGAUUGAAAAUAUUUCACGAUCUAGCACUCACCAAACCGAUGCUCCGCGGUAAUGAGUUCUUCCGGCGGUAUGGCCGUACAGAUGAGACCGGUCGUCGAAAGUUGCCAUCACUGUGGAGGAAAAAGCGCCCCCAAAAGUUUCAAUUCGAUGAGUUUGCCUAUCGCACGCCGGAAGAAAACGAGGAAGCGUUGCGAAAAAUUCAGAAACAUCUGGAUCGCAUGAUUGCCAAGAGCAUACGGGAGGCAGAGAAGCGUCGUCGGGAGAAGGAAGAACAGGAGAGAAGGCCACAGUUUUGUACAUCCAAGAGCAAGAAUGUCUACGAAGUUAAGGUGAAAAAGAAACGUCUUAGCAAUGAGCAAUACAUCAAGAAACUCAAACAAUCGGAGAGCAUGAAGCUCAAAUAUCUGCAAGCACUGCUGCCCGUCCAUCCCGACGAUCAAAAGCAUAAAAUAUUGCAACGGUACGAGCAUAACUUCCGGCACGCGAUGUGCUUCUUUGACGAUGCGAUGAAGCAGCGUACGCUGAACGUGCUCGAUCAGCUGGACGUACGCAAAAUAGAGCACUUCCCGUCGCAUCUUAUCAAAAAAAUUCUGCCCCGCAUAGAUCAACGUCUAAAUCAUCUCAAACAAGCACACAAAUUUAUUUCCGAAGAAGAACAGCUGUGGCCCAACAUAUAUCCAGAGGUGAUACUGAUGGAUUACCUCUUCGAUGCCGAUCAUGGUGUGUCACGUGAUCAGGCUGUAUUUUUCAUCAUCCUGCUGAUGGACCUGCAGGAAGACUAUCGGUACUACGUGAAGCGUUCGUUUCUACGCUACAUACUGCGCUCCGAGGCAGAAAGAUCGCGGCUACAGCUUGCCAUUGAGCCACCCGAAUUUCCCAUGGCCACCAUGGUGGCUCCAGUGCCGUGGAAGUGCUCGAUCCAGCUCGCCAAGAACAGGCUCGAGGAAGUGCUCAUGAUAAAUCAUCCCGUGCUGCAAGCGAUCAACAUGCUAUGGCACAAGCUGUACAGCAAUCUGCUGGUAGUAGAUUCGGUCAAGUUCUACAGUACCGACAUACCGAUGCAUGCCGAUAAAAUCACGGAGAUGAUACAUAACAGCUGCCGAAUAACGAGAGAUAUUUUAAUCAACGACUGGAUGCCCCGAGUGGCCGAUCUGGUGGACGUGAUGCGCAAAUAUUGGAAAGAUCUGGUGCCUCGCAACUCUACACACGGUGGACGAGGGACAAUCUUCUUCAACUGCAUACACGCACUCACCUCCUACCAUCUGCAGGAGCUGAUCAAGAAGAGUCUUGACCACCUGGUCGAGGCGCUGGAAGUGUACCGGGAUGGUGAUGUGGCAGGAGAGGAGCCGAAAGUACGAAAGAAGCCCUUUAUGACACUCACCGUCUCAGUGGUUGGCCAACACCACACAGAUAUUGAGAAAACGACCGAGAAAAGUGAUCUUUCCCUAUACCAGGUAGAUGAUGAUGAUCCCGAUAUACUGGCCUCGGAGUCGGACGAUUUCGCGCUAACGAACGGUGAUGAACGGAGAACGUCCUUCAUUGUUGAAAGCAGUGGUAAAAUCAUCAUCUAUCCGUACAUGGAGGAGCUCCCCGAUCUCUUCAAAAGCUACUUCGUGAAGAUCUUGAAGGUGGGCUACAAGAUACCGCGACUCGAGUACUACUUAACGCAGGAUGAGAAGCAGCUCGGCUACCUGCACUUCAUACGAACCGACAACGACGAUAUGGAGAAGUUGUACGAGCGUGUGAAGAAGAUUGUCAUCGCCAACCAGACUGGACCGACGGUUUAUCUUUACCCAAUGUACGAGUACUAUUUUCCGGUUCUGGCAAACAAGAUGAAGCUUAUAACGGAAGGCAUUUUCUCGCAAGUGGAACUACCGCCACUGGAUAUCUUUAAAGAGCUGGUCCAAAAGUUUACCGAUCUGCUCAACGGGAUCUACUAUCUGCGAGACUUUAUACCGCUGAAUCUAUUCAUGCUUGAUAACAGCAGGCUGAAUAAGGUACUGGAAAAGUUGGUUAAUGAUCUGAAGAACUUUGUUAUCAACUAUUUCAUUACACUAAAUCAAGUGGAUAAUAGGAGAAUUUGUGAUGAGUUUGAAGAUAUGUCGCUGCAUGCUGGCGAGAGACCUAAGGAAACUCCCGAAGUGGUGGCUCUGCAGAACUAUCUUACCCAAUGCAGGGAGGAACGCAUGUACCAGCUGACGUCUGAGAUCAAGCAGGUUGCACAGCGUGUUAUCUUCCUGUUAACACAUGCUAUUCUUGACCGUAGGUUUUAUCGAAACACUCAGGCACUCAACAGGUCCAAUGACUAUGAAGUACAUUUAACGUUCCUUCCUCUUUGGCUCUUUCCAGAGGAAGAUAUCAAUCUCAACUCUCGUCUGUUCCUGUGGCCAAAGGAGUUGGAAAAGGUGCUCGAUCUUAGCGGUGCUCGAUUAUCCGUUGUGCGUGAUAAUCUCGAAACAUCUCUACGCGAACGGCGGGUCAAGUUUGAGCAGUACCUCAUGACGGAGAAGAAAAAAAUGGAUCACUUCCGUACGAGAGAGAUACGCGAAAUGCUUUCACUCGACGAUCUGCGCGAUAAAGUGGAUACAGUGGAUGGACUAAUGAAGAUCUUAGAAGAUUGUAGCAGAGAGGCAAAGGAGAUCAACACGAACGAAAACCUGCUGCAGAUCGAUCUGUCGUUCUUCCCGUCGCUCAACGAGAUGAUCGAAAAGAUGGGACCGAUCGAGAAGCUGUGGCACACGGCGUACAAGUUCGACACCUGUCACGAGGUGUGGUACUUCGGUCCGUUCAAAGAUCUGGAUGCGGACAUCAUACGGAAUGCAGUCGAGGAAAUGUAUCUCGCAAUAUCGGUGCUGCUGAAGGAGCUUACCGGUAGCCCGCAGGCAAAGCGGGUCGCGGAACAGAUACGCAUGAAGGUGGAAAAGUUUAAGGUGUACCUACCAAUUCUGGAGUCGAUCUGUCGCCAGGGACUGUGCGAUCGCCACUGGAAGCAGAUCUCGGAAGAGCUCGGCCAGGAAGUGAACCCGGACGUGCACAAUUCGCUCAGCCAGAUGGUGGAGAUCGAUAUCGUCAAGAUACAGGACCGGCUCGAGGAGAUCUCGAAUGCGGCCGGCAAAGAGUACGAGCUCAACAUUCAGCUCGUCAACAUGCAGGAAGAGUGGACCGAUGUGCUGUUCGUUUGCGUACCGUACCGGGACAGCGAUAUGUACAUUCUAUCCUCCGUCGACGAGAUCCAAACACUGCUGGACGACCACAUUCUGAAGGCACAGGCGAUGCGAGGAUCGCCCUAUAUCGCUGCGCUCGGCACGAAAGCAAACAACUGGGAGGAUAAGCUCAUCUCCAUGCAGGACAUUAUCGAUACCUGGCUGCAGGUGCAGGCGACCUGGAUGUAUCUCGAGCCGAUUUUCAGCUCCGAGGACAUCCUGCGCCAGAUGCCAACCGAGGGCCGUCACUUCAAGGCUGUCGAUCGCGUAUUCCGCAAGAUCAUGAAACACACCACGGCCGAUGCACACGUCAUUCAGGCGACAGAUUACCCGGAACUGCUAAACACCUUGCGGAAGGCGUACACCGAUCUAGAGGAGAUACAGAAGGGUCUCAACAUGUAUCUCGAGAAGAAGCGGCUGUUCUUUGCGCGUUUCUUUUUCCUCUCGAACGACGAGUUGUUGGAAAUUUUGUCCGAAACCAAGGAUCCGCUCCGUGUGCAGCCUCAUCUGAAGAAGUGCUUCGAGGGCAUUCACGCGCUGCAGUUCGAUCCACAGAUGGAAAUUGUUGCGAUCACAUCGGCAGAACAGGAAGUGAUACCGUGUGUUCGAAAGGUUAACCCGAAUCUUGCUAAUGGUUUGGUAGAGAAAUGGCUUAAGGAGGUCGAAACAGUAAUGCUGGAGAGUGUUAAGGAGCAGAUCUGGCAAUCGUACGAGCGCUACCCGAACGAUCCGCGAAAGGUGUGGGUGCUGAACUGGCCCGGACAAGCGGUACAGGUUGUAUCCUGCCUCAAGUGGACCGAAGAGGCCGAAGAAGCCAUCCAGCUGGGUCAGCUCCCGCAGUUCGCUAUAACCUGCAGCAAUCAGAUCGCCGAGCUGGUGGAUCUAGUGCGAGGAAAUCUGAGCACUGGUGCAACGAUUACGAUCGAAGCGCUGAUCGUCGUCGAUGUGCACGCACGCGACAUUGUCAAAUUGCUCGUUGACAAGCAGAUCAGCGAUGUGGGCGAUUUUAACUGGUUUUCACAGCUACGGUACUACUGGCGCAUAGACGACGAUGACAAGCAGAGUUACGUCGGUGUUAGCAUGGUUACUACCGACCUCAAGUACGGCAUGGAGUAUCUCGGCAAUACGGGACGUCUCGUUACGACCCCCCUCACCGAUCGAUGCUUCCGCACGCUGAUGGGUGCCUUCAAGCUUAACCUUGGUGGUGCACCGGAAGGUCCUGCCGGUACCGGUAAGACGGAAACGUGCAAAGAUCUUGCCAAAGCCGUCGCCAAAAAGUGUGUCGUGUUCAACUGUUCCGACGGGCUGGACUACAAGGCGCUCGGCAAGUUCUUCAAGGGUCUCGCUCAGUCCGGCUCGUGGGCGUGCUUCGAUGAGUUCAACCGUAUCGAGCUGGAAGUGCUUUCUGUCGUGGCGCAACAGAUACUCACCAUUCAGCAUGCCAUCGCGCAGAAGAUUGUCAAGUUUACCUUUGAAGAUACGCACCUGAAGCUCGAUCCUUCGUGUAACAUUUUCAUCACGAUGAAUCCUGGCUAUGCCGGGCGAACGGAGCUGCCGGACAAUCUGAAGGUGCUGUUCCGUACGGUUGCCAUGAUGGUGCCCGAUUAUGCGAUGAUCGGCGAGAUCACGCUAUAUUCCAAUGGGUUCGAUAAUGCACGCGUACUGGCACAAAAGAUUGUACAUACGUACAAGCUCUGCUCGGAGCAGCUGUCCUCGCAGUUCCAUUACGACUACGGCAUGCGAGCGGUAAAAUCAGUCCUUAUGGCGGCUGGUUCAUUGCGCCGCGCUCAACCCCACCUGCCGGAGGAUCAAAUCGUACUGCGAGCUAUUAUCGAUGUGAACCUUCCCAAGUUUCUGCAACAAGAUAUUCCACUGUUCGAAGGCAUCUACAAGGAUCUGUUUCCUGGGGUUGAUCUUCCUCCGCCUGCCCGAGACGAUAUUGUGCGUAUUCUGCUGGUGAGGUUGGUGAAGCGGAAGCUACAACCAACAGCGUGGUACAUCGACAAAAUCAUGCAGAUCUACGAGAUGAUGCUCGUACGGCACGGUUUAAUGAUCGUUGGCGAUUCGAUGGGAGGCAAAACAACGGCCUAUCAGGUUUUGGCCGAAACGCUACGCGAGCUACGCCUCGAGAAGGGACCGAAGUGUGAAGAGCAGGGCGUACAGUACCGUAUCAUCAAUCCCAAGUCCAUCUCGAUGGGCCAACUGUACGGUAGCUUUGAUCCGGCUUCACACGAAUGGUCCGACGGUGUGUUGGCGAACACUUUCCGCGAAAUGGUCAACACAACGAGCCUGGAGCGCCAAUGGAUUCUCUUCGAUGGGCCGGUUGAUGCGGUGUGGAUUGAGAACCUGAACACGGUGCUCGACGACAACAAAAAGCUCUGCCUGAUGUCGGGCGAGAUCAUUCAGAUGACUAAGCUGAUGAACCUCGUGUUUGAGCCGGUUGAUCUGGAGCAAGCUUCUCCCGCUACUGUGUCCCGAUGCGGCAUGAUCUAUAUGGAGCCACAUCAGCUCGGCUGGAUAGCUCUGCACAAAUCGUUCUUGCUGGUGUUAGAAGAGAAAGGAGUGUCUGAGAUCAGCAUCGGUGUUUUCGAGCAGCUUGUUGAGUGGUUGAUUCCACCUUCGCUCAAGUUUCUUAAAAUGGUUAAAACCGUCUUACCGAUCUCAGAGAUGCAGUGCUAUUCGAUGUUUUCCAAGUUUUUCUCCAUUUUUUGCACACGCAUGCAAAAUUACACUCAAAUACAGUUUCAACAGACGUUCCUGUUCUGCUACGCCUGGGGCUACUUCUCAUCUGUUACCAACGAGGGGCGCAAGAUGAUCGAUCCCUUGCUGCGCAAAAUACUUUACGGUGGCAAUGAAGAUCAUCCGAAACCGAAGCACUUCUCCCUGAACCGUGGCCAAAUGUAUCCGGAAAAGAUGAACUUUAUGGACUAUCGCUUUGAUGAGCAUGAAAAUUGGUGGCCCUGGCAAACAACGGAGGAAGUGGUCCUGCCCGAAUCAUGCAUAGUGUCCGAGCUUAUGAUACCGACCAAAGAAACUGGCUAUAUACUUUAUUGGACCAAUCUGUGCGUUCGCAACGGUAUCCCAAUUAUGCUGGCCGGUCCGACCGGUACAGGCAAAAGUGCUACCAUCUCCAACUAUAUCCGCGAGCUGCCGAAAGCGAAAUUCAUCUCGAACAUUAUUAACUGUUCGGCACGCAGCACGGCCGCUCAGGUGCAAGACACUAUCAUGGGCAAGCUGGAUCGACGGCGCAAAGGUGUCUAUGGGCCACCGGUCGGAAAAGAGUGUGUCAACUUCAUCGACGAUCUUGCCAUGCCGGCACGUGAUGAUUAUGGCUCGCAGCCACCGCUAGAGCUCGUACGUACCUGGCUCGACCAUCGCAUAUGGUCGGAUUUGCGCGAUACGUCCAAGAUCGAGCUUAUUGACCUGCUACUGAUUGCUGCUAUGGGACCGAUCGGGGGUAGUAACUUUAUUCCACAGCGACUGUAUCGCCACAUGUUCGUCAUAUCAGUGGACUCCUUCGAGGAUACUACACUGAUGCGCAUCUUCUCCUCGAUCGGCGAUUGGCACUUUGCGAAGGGCUUCCCGGAGCCCGUGGCACGCCUUAGCAAGCUGCUCAGCCAAGCGGCCAUUGCGGUGUAUCGUGGAGCGAUUGAAAGUUUCCUUCCAACACCGGCAAAGUCACACUAUCUGUUCUCACUGCGCGAUGUGUCCCGGGUGUAUCAGGGGAUUGUGCUGCUGCCUUCGAAAAAGCUGCCCGAUCCGGAGAAACUUGUGCGGCUUUGGGUGCACGAAUCGUAUCGCGUGUUUUGCGACCGGCUAGUGGAUGAUGACGACAAGCUGAAACUUCUCCGCCUAGUCGACGAUGCUUGCGUGACGCAUCUACGCCUGAAGAUGGAGCAAGCCUUUGGCGAUCGGCUCGAGCCGGGCCAGAAGGUGUCGGACAAGCAUAUACGCGAUCUGCUGUUCGGUAACUACAUGGAGCCCGCGGCGGUAACACGCAUCUACGACGAGGUGGACAAUUGGGAACAGUUGGAGAAAAACAUCAACUAUUAUCUGUCCGAGUACAACGAACGAUCGAAAUCGCCCAUGAACCUGGUGCUGUUCCGGUUUGCGAUUGAGCACAUCUCACGCGUCUCGCGCGUGCUGCAGAUGCCUCGGGGACAUUUGCUGAUGGUGGGACUCGGCGGAUCCGGACGGCGCAGCGCCGUCAAGCUGGCAUCCUUUAUGGGCGAUUCGCUCGUAUUUCAGGUGGAGGUGACACGCAGCUACACACUCAACGAAUGGCGCGAGGAUAUGAAAAAGCUGCUCAUGUAUGCGGGCUGCGAAGGCAAGCGUACCGUGUUUCUCUUUAACGACUCGCAGGCGAAGGAGGAAGCAUUCGUGGAAGACAUCAACUCACUGCUCAAUACGGCCGACCUGCCCAAUCUGUUCCAGGCGGAGGAAAAGGCGGUGAUCCUCGAACAAAUGCAAAUCAUCGUCCAGGCCACGAACAAGCCAAUCGAUCUGACAGCACUGUCGCUGUACACCUUCUUCGUGGAGCGUGUGCGCGAGAACCUGCACAUAGCGCUGGCCUUCUCCCCGAUCGGGGACUCGUUCAAAAAGCGGCUGCGUAUCUAUCCCUCUCUUAUCAACUGCUGCACAAUCGAUUGGUUUACGGCUUGGCCCGAUGAUGCGCUGCAGAAGGUGGCGGAAUAUUUCAUUCGCUCGAUGGAUCUCGUCAGCAGCCAGGAACGGUUGUCCUCCCGCGAGUCGUCUAGCGUCGAGGUUGUUGAACCAGUCGACGAGAAGGACCAGAAGGUGCGCAAACUGACCGAGCUGGAGUGUAAGUUGAUCGACUGUGUGCUUGUGUUUAACGAAAGCGUUGUGGAGAAUUCGAACCGGUUCUUCCUCGAGCUGGGCCGCCGUAACUACGUCACGCCCACGUCCUAUCUAGAGAUGCUACGAUCAUUCAAAGACCUGUACCACAAAAAGUACUCGGAAACCAUUACACAACGGGACCGGUACACUACCGGUCUGGAGAAGCUGGACUUUGCCGCCGGGCAGGUGUCGGUCAUGCAGGACCAGCUGAAAGAUUUGCAACCGAUGCUGAAGCAAACAUCCGACGAGACGGAGAAAAUUAUGGUCAACAUCGAACGUGAGACGGCCGAAGCCGAAAAGAAGAAAGAAAUUGUUGGUGCGGACGAGACGGCAGCGAACGAGGCGGCCGCAUCUGCUCAAGCGAUCAAGGAUGAUUGUGAGAGCGACCUGCAGGAAGCAGUGCCGGCGCUGGAAGCCGCUCUUUCUGCCCUUGACACGCUCAAGCCGGCUGACAUUACCGUGGUAAAAUCGAUGAAGAACCCACCAUCCGGUGUGAAGCUUGUGCUGGAAGCCGUUUGUGUCAUUCGUGGCAUCAAACCGGACCGAAAGCCUGAUCCGAAUGGACAUCUGGUGGAGGACUACUGGGGACCGUCACAAAAGAUGCUGGGAGAUCUUAAGUUUUUGGAUAGCUUAAAGACCUUCGACAAGGACAACAUUCCUAUACCCGUCAUGAAGAAGAUACGAGAAGUGUACAUCGCCGAUCGUGAGUUUGUGCCCGAGAAAAUCAAAAGCAUCUCCAUGGCCUGUGAAGGUCUGUGCCGGUGGGUGCGGGCUAUGGAAAUCUACGACCGUGUCGCAAAGAUUGUCGCCCCGAAAAAGAUUGCCCUCGCCGAGGCGGAAGCAGAGUUGGCGAUGCAGAUGGAAAAGCUCAACUCGAAGCGUGCCGAGCUGCAGGAAAUUCUCGACAAGCUGCAGAAGUUGAACGAUUUCUUUGCCGAAAAGUCGCGCGAAAAGAAACGCCUGGAGGAUGAGAUCGAUAGCUGCGAAAAGAAGCUGAUACGUGCGGAGCAACUGAUCGGUGGACUUGGCGGUGAAAAGCGGCGCUGGUCAGAGUGUGCCUUCAAUCUGCACCAAUCGCUUAGUAACGUGGUGGGUGAUGUACUGCUUGCUGCCGGGUGUGUGGCGUACCUGGGCUGCUUCUCGACCGAGUUUCGCUCAACGAUCGUACAGGAAUGGAACGCGGAAGCCGUCACGCGACGCAUACCCUGUACGGAAGCCUUCUCCCUCAUCACCACCCUUGGCAAUCCGUUGCAAAUCCGCAGCUGGUCUAACUGGGGCCUGCCGACGGAUAACUUCUCCGUUGAGAAUGGUAUUAUCGUGAAGCAUGCGCGUCGCUGGCCGCUCAUGAUCGAUCCCGAAGGGCAGGCCAACAAGUGGGUUAAGAAUAUGGAGAAAGCAAACAAUCUCAAGAUCAUCCAGCAGAUGGAAGCCAACUAUAUGCGCAUCGUGGAGAACGCCAUCAUCAAUGGGUAUCCGGUGCUGCUCGAGAACGUGGGCGAGAAUAUUGAUUCCGGGUUUAAUUCCAUCCUCGAGAAAAACAUCAUCUACCAGAAGGGAUCGUACAACAUCAAGUUCGGCGACGGGAUGAUCGAGUACAACGACAACUUCCGGUUUUACAUCACGACGAAUCUGCGCAAUCCUCACUAUCUGCCCGAAACCGCCGUAAUGGUGACGCUGAUGAACUUCAUGAUUACGGAGCAAGGCUUACGGUCGCAGCUGCUCGGUACGGUUAUCGUUCAGGAGCGUCCCGAUCUGCAGGAGAAAAAGGAAUCGCUCAUCAUCGAGUCUGCCCAAAACCAGGAAGCGCUGUACAAUGCCGAGGCAAAGAUUCUGCAGGUACUCUCCACUGCGGAGGGUAACAUACUGGAUGAUGAAAAUGCGAUCGACAUUCUCACCUCCAGCAAGCAGCUGUCGGAAGAGAUACAGGCGAAACAGAUCGUAGCCGUGGCGACGGAAGCGGAAAUUGAUGCCGCCAGACAACAGUACAUCCCGGUGGCUCGCCAUUCGGCUGUGAUUUUCUUCUGCACCGCCGAGCUGGCAAAUAUUGACCCAAUGUACCAGUUCAACCUCACCUGGUUCUUGAAUAUCUUCGUACAGGCGAUCCUAAACUCGCCCAAGUCCGACGAUCUUGAGCAGCGUCUGAAACAUCUCACCGACUACUUCACCAUGGCCAUCUACAACAAUGUAUGUCGCUCGCUGUUCGAGAAAGAUAAGCUAAUGUUUUCGUUCGUGCUGUGUCUGGGUAUCAUGCGUGGCCGGGGUGACAUUAAGGAUCCAGAGCUUUCCUUCCUGCUGACUGGUGGGCUUGCGCUGGAUAACCCCUACCCCAAUCCAGCUCCCGAGUGGCUCACGGACAAGUGCUGGUCGGAGAUAGUGCGUGCCGGAGCGCUACCUUCCCUGAAAGAUCUGCCCCAAUCGAUCAUACAAAACAUUGCCCAGUGGAAAGCGUACAACGAUCUCAAUGAACCCGACGCCCAUCCGCUGCCGGAGCCGUACGAUCAGCACGAAAACAUCACCAAGCUGAUCGUGCUAAAGUGUCUCCGGCCCGAUAAGGUUGUUCCCGGUUUGCAGCGCUUCAUUGUACAGAACAUUGGCAAAACGUACGUAGAGCCGCCACAAUUCAACCUGGAAACAUCGUACCGUGAUAGUUCGCCGAGAAUUCCGCUCAUUUUUAUGCUCUCGCCCGGUUCCGACCCGAUGGACAACAUCUUUACGUUCGCUAACGCUCACUACAUGAGCGACGACUGUCGAGUCAUCUCGCUCGGACAGGGCCAGGGACCGAAAGCGACGCGAACUAUACUCGAUGCGAUCAAGCUGGGCUACUGGGUUGUGCUGCAAAACUGUCACGUGGCCGAAUCGUACAUGGACGAGCUGGAGAAAAUUUGCAUGGACUCGAGCCUGUACGAGUCGGUCCAUCCCAAGUAUCGGCUGUGGUGCACUUCGUACCCCAGUCGACGGUUUCCAGUAUCGAUACUGCAAAAUAGCGUUAAAAUGACGAACGAAGCACCGAAAGGUGUAAAGAACAACAUGACACGCAUCUUCACCACCGAUCCACUGUCCAACAAUGCGUUCUACUCGGACGCUUUCGAUGGACAACUCGCCAACAUAUGGCUUCGGGGAGUGUUUUCUCUGGUAUUUUUCCACGCCGUUGUGCAGGAGCGAUGCAAAUUUGGUCCACUUGGCUGGAACAUCCCGUACGAGUUCAAUGAAUCCGAUCUGAAGAUCUCCCUGAUGCAACUGAAGAUGUUCCUGAACCAGUAUCACAAGAUACCAUUCGAGGGACACAUUUAUCUUACGGGAGAGUGUAAUUACGGAGGCCGAGUUACCGACGAUAAGGAUCGGCGUUUGCUGAUGGCUCUGUUGAACCGAAUCUACAACCAGGACACGAUCGAUGUCGAAAACUAUCCCCUGACGGAAUCGGGCCGCUAUAAAGUACCGGUACUGCCAACCAAGACUGAAGCACUUGCCUACAUCUCCACAAUGCCAAUGAUCGCGCACCCGGAGGUGUUUGGUUUGCACGAGAACGCUGACAUCACGCGCAAUAUUGAUGAAACCUCGUCUCUGCUAGAUCGAGUUCUGCUCACACAAACGCACCUAUUUGCCGGAACGGCCUCCUCCGACACGGAACAAAAGGAGGAUCCGGUGCUGCUGCUGUGCACCGAGAUUGCCAAAAAGCUACCCACCCUGUACGAUGUCGAUGCCGUCGCCGAACUGUAUCCAAUCGAGUACGAAAACUCGAUGAACACCGUGCUGCGCCAGGAGCUCACGCGCUUCAACCGGCUGCUAGAGUACAUUCGCCUCAGCUUGAUCGAUGUGCAGCGAGCCAUCAAGGGCCAGAUUAGCAUGAUACCGGAGCUGGAGAACAUUUACCGGGCGAUGAAAAUAUCGCGCGUACCGAAAGCGUGGCUGUCGAAGAGCUAUCCCUCGCUGAAGCCACUCGGCAGCUACGUGAACGACUUUGUGCAGCGGUUAGCCUUCUUCCAGCGCUGGAUCGACGAGGGCGAACCGAACGUGUACUGGAUGAGUGGGUUCUACUUUACGCAGUCGUUUCUGACCGGCAUUAUGCAGAACCACUCGCGCAAAUUUAAGCUCCGCAUCGAUGACCUGGUAAUGAACUUCGAUGUAACGAGCUUUGAGUCGGACGAAGCGGUCAAAGAUUCUACCGAGGUGGAAACGUUUGUUAAGGGCCUCUACCUGGAAGGUGCCCGUUGGAAUCGGGAAAGCAUGCGGCUGGAUGAGCCCUUGUCGCGCAUCCUCUACGACACACUGCCAAUCAUCUCGAUGACCCCAAUACUGAAGACGGAAAAAAGUGAACAGCGCGUCAAUCGUUACGACUGCCCCAUCUACAAAACAAGCGAACGGCGUGGCGUCCUAUCCACCACUGGUCACUCGACUAACUUUGUCAUGUUCCUCGAGCUGGAAACUGAUAUGCCGCUGGAGCAUUGGGUUCUGCGGGGAACGGCCUGCCUCUGCCAACUGGACGAUUAAUCUAGCCAGACCCGCAAAUACUCUCUCUCUCUCAUACUCUUUUGCACCGUCUCUAUUUCCACAAAUGUUUUGAUUGUUUUGGUGUGGCACAUCGCAUGUAACCUACGGCAUGGGUUUCAAUAAAUUUGUAGUCGUUUUAUCCACUCUA